GUGAUAGUAAACGCAGGUGAUUUAAUUGAGUUAGAUCAAAAUCACUUACCCGUCAGCUCUAUCUCAGUAUUUAUUACAAGCUUUGCUAUUGAAUCAGUUCAAAAUGAAGAUACUAUAUUUAAAAGCAUUAAAAUACUUGUCAAUGAAUUUACUAAAGAUACAAGUUCAGGAAAAAAAUUUCAAAUUAAGUAUAGGUACUUGAAAUCUGACGAAAGAAUCAACAAAAAACUUACCAAAGCAAGAAGGAGCUCAAAUCUAUUAAUCACAGGCGAAUUGGUUCAAGUCGAUUCUGAAUUUCAAGUUGAUAUUCAAAAUAUCAACUUCUUGCUAAUAUCCAUUGCAAACCUUGAAUUAUCAACUAAGACCUCACCAUCUUCUAAAUAUUCAUGGUUAACAAUAACACAAAUCUCAGGAAGAGUGUCAGUUCAGGCUAUGGCUAAUAUAUCUCUUAAUCAAACAAGCCAAAAAUCAUCAAAAACUCUAUCAAAGGACCAAACUGACAAAGAAUCGAUCACCACUAAUGAUCAGUAA